GAGAGGGGGACGAGCGGCUGUGUGUCCAGCGGAAGGUGCUGAAGCAGAAAUCACGGCAGACACCGUCAGCCAGCGAGCAGAGAUUUGAGUAUUGCGGCGGAGGCUCUGGAUCUUUGAAACCAUGCUGGAUUGACUGCGGAGAAGCUCCUACAAUCAAUGGCUUGGCUUUGAAAUCGUUGAAAAUUUAUUGGAAAGGAGCGCGAGACAGAGCGACAGCGAGAGAGAGAGGGAGAGAGAGGAGGAGGUGAGGAGGAGAGAGGGUGGAAAUAAAGAUCUUCUUCAAUCAUGGAGCUUACAAUGGAGAACAUUGGAAACCUGCACGGCGUGUCCCACUCCCACCAAACCAGUGACUUGAUGAACUCCCCGCACGCCCGGCAGUCGUCGGCGUCGCACCGGAACUUGGUGUCCCACGGUCGGUCAGCCAUGGUGUCCAGCAUGGCCUCGAUCCUGGAGGGAGCCGGGGACUACCGCACUGACCACGCGUUGUCCGGACCCCUGCACCCGGCCAUGACCAUGUCGUGCGACUCUGGGAUGAGCCUGAGCAGCACCUACACCACCCUGACGCCGCUGCAGCAUCUGCCCCCCAUAUCCACGGUGUCGGAGAAAUUUCACCACCCGCACCCCCACGCUCACCAUCACCCGGCGCACCAGAGACUCACGGCGGGGAACGUCAGCGGCAGCUUCACCCUCAUGAGAGACGACCGGAGCCUCGCCUCCAUGAGCAACCUCUACGGCCACUAUCCCAAAGACAUGUCCGGCAUGGGUCAGCCUCUGUCCCCUCUGUCCAACGGUCUGGGCUCUUUGCACAGCUCACAGCAGACGCUCGGCGCCUACGGUCCCGGGGCGCACCUCUCCAACGACAAGAUGCUCUCCUCUGGGGGGUUCGAGACACACGCGAUGCUGUCCAGAGGGGACGAGCACCUGACCCGGGGGCUCGGGGGUCACGGCGCUGGACUCAUGACGUCUUUGAACGGCAUCCACCACCACAGCCAUCCGCAUUCUCAGGCAAACGGCUCCAUGCUAUCAGACAGGGACAGGCAAACGGUAGGAGGUGGGCAGGGCAACGGGUCGGGACAGGUGGAGGAGAUAAACACCAAAGAAGUGGCACAGCGAAUAACAGCAGAGCUCAAGCGCUACAGCAUCCCCCAGGCCAUCUUUGCUCAGAGGAUCUUGUGCCGGUCCCAGGGAACUCUGUCCGACCUUCUGCGGAAUCCUAAACCCUGGAGUAAGCUCAAGUCCGGCCGGGAGACCUUCAGGCGCAUGUGGAAGUGGCUUCAGGAGCCGGAGUUCCAGAGGAUGUCGGCUCUGAGGCUUGCAGCCUGCAAGCGCAAAGAACAGGAGCAACACAAGGACCGCAACACAGCGCCCAAGAAACAGCGCCUGGUGUUCACCGACCUGCAGCGGCGCACCCUCAUCGCCAUCUUCAAGGAGAACAAGCGUCCAUCCAAGGAAAUGCAGAUCACCAUCUCCCAGCAGCUCGGCCUGGAGCUCAGCACCGUCAGCAACUUCUUCAUGAAUGCUCGGCGCCGGUGCGUGGACCGCUGGCACGACGACCAUGGCACCAGCCCAGGGCAGCCCGGCACAUCCGCCACCACCUUUUCCAAAGCCUGAGAGAGCGCGCAGGCCCCUCGGAGGUCCAGGCCGGACCACUGGGCGCUCUCUAGCCUGGACCCUCUGAAUGUGUCUGGGAGAAAAAAGAAAAUCCUUUGUGCCAUGCAAUCAUCUAAUUUGUCAGUCCAAAAUUCCAGCUCUCACCUGAAACCAAGCAUAAUCUAAGGGUGAACGGUAACGUCAGGUUCCACUUUGUAUAACUCAUAAGGACAAUCAUUGAUUCUGUCUUUUUAGAAAGAAAAUCAUCUUUGUUUUGGACAAAGUAAAGAGACACCAAAGAUUUGAUGUUUUGUUGGAUGGUAUCAGACGUGCGCCGGCCUCCUUCAUCAUCCAAGUAGCCACAGAUUCUCCUUCUGACUCCCAGCUCACCUCUAUGUGUCCGUCGCUCUCCUCUCCUUCACAAAAGCCGACACAGGGAAGCAACAAGGGUGCAGGAAUGGCAAUAAAUCUGACGGAACAGCACAUAGCCUUAUUAUCAAAGCCCCCAUUCUGCACACAUGGCUGCCAUAAAAGAAAAUCUACGCAGCCGCUGAAAACAACCCGCAAAGGCUCCACGGUUCUCCACCUCUACCUCCCCUCCCUCCUGUAGUCUCCUUCAUUCCCUGGCCAAAGGUAUUCCCUGAUGGCCAGCCAUUUCAGAGAGCAGCUCAGCCUGAUCGUACGGCAAACUAAUGAAUUGAAAAAUGAAUCGAUGCAGACAGAGAGAGCGGGGCCUUGACCCCUCCUGAAGGUGAAAAUCAAGACGCUCAGCAGCAGAUACUCAGGUCUGCCUUGGCCCAGGUCUAUAUUUUUGCACAGAUGUUGGAGGCCUGUGGGGAGACUUGUCAUUGUUACGCUCAGUCGGAGCCUAUAGAGUCUGUACGACUCUGACCAAAAAGGAGAGGCGGCUGAGAUGUCUGGACAUGCUCUUUGUUCUGCCGGGAGCUUUGCCUCUGAUCAAUAACUCGGAACCAAGCGACAAAAACACACUCGGGCAUCCAGCCAACUACGUUACAGCUGCAUAAGAGAAGCAGAAUGUAAAAGGAGCACAUGAAACCCAGCGGAUAUAGGGACAAAACAACAGCAGCACACUUCUCCAUCCCCGGGAUCUAACCUGUGCCCACAGAGCAACAGUGCCCCCUGUUGUCCGCCGCAGAGGCUUCAGAGUGGAGGAGCCACUCAGAGCUGAAGAGAAGUCAUGGCACAACACAUUCAGGCCCUCGCAGCUCUUUGAGGGUGGAUCAAUAGCUAACCAUUAUCCUAUUGUUGUUCCUCACCCAACCAGCACCAGUGAAGCCAGAGGAGGGGGAUGGUGAAUGAAUCCUGAAAAUCGCAGGGAUUUUAGCAAAGACAGGGAUUUGUUUAACCAACCCAAAAGAAGCCCCACGAAUUUCACAAAACCGAGGCGCAACAGAGUAAAAUGUAACAGAGAGGCGUAGAACAGGACAGACGCAUCUGAGGUGAAGUGCAAAUAUCUGCUUCAUGUUUAGGGAAAAUCCAUCGCCGACACCUUUAAUAUUACCGGCUAGUUCCACACACCGCCACCAUUUAGCUGUCAGAAAAGCUACAAUAAUUUGUGCCAAUGCAAACUGCCUUAAUCAGAGGAUUGGGUCACUUGGUUCACACACAGCCACAGUUUGGCCCGAGUGAUGACGGGCAGUGUGCGGCCUACACAAUCAGCUUCAAACUGACUGAGAACGUCCUUUUUUAUCGAGAUGAAAAGCAAAAAAAAAAACAUGAAGUAGAAUUGAAGUCAACACAACCAAACCUCAAAUGAUACAUUUGUAAUAUCACACUCACAUACAAGUUUCAUCCAACUACAUACCAAGGCGUAGAGAUCUCCCCGUCCCCUAUUUUGGUUUUCUACCUCCCCUUCUCUCUCGACCCAUGAGCCCCUCUCUUCCUCUCUAUAUUGAUGCGGGUAAUGAAUUAGUACCAUAGACACAAAGUUUCUAUUUCUUGUUACUAUUGUGCUCUGUUGUGCAAAAGUAAGGCACCUUGUUGAUAAAUAAAAACAAAUAAGAUGGGACCUUUUCCAAAAAAAAAAAAAAAAGAGUGGGACACAAGAGCCUGCGGCGAAUGAAGGACAUAUUUUUUCAUUCUGAGCGAAUCGGAGGAGACACUUACCACCGCAGGAGGAAACAGGGAGCUGGUGAAAGGAAGACUAAACGACGGACAUGUUCUCACUUUUGGCAUUCCAUGUCAGAACUGUGGUAUCCCCUUUAAACUGGCCCCCUAAAAAAAGGGGGCGCGAAAAGAGAAAGGGGUGCAAAACAUGACCUCCAAAUGUGUUUCAUUGUCGGGGAGGGCGGGCGGAAAAUCUCGGGACUCAAUGGUUACCUGUACAAUGCAACUGUAGCAUUUCCAACAAUGUAGUCAGAUACGCGGUGCAGACUGGACACUGGAGGUUUACUGUAAAGGAUCGGGGCGCGGGCUGACCUCAUGUUGCUGUGAGCAGUGAGUCAGUCACCGAAGGAAGUAGAGAUGAGACUCGAUUUGUGGUAUAAAGUUCCGUGAGCGUAGGUAAAUAGCUAGAUUCACUUCUAGAUGUUAGACUGACAAAAUGACAUUUGUUUGUAGUGAGAACCAGUAUGGCUACCUCACUAAGCUGAGUGGUUUGUGAAACCGCCACCAAUACCAAAGAUACUGCUGCCUACCGGUCCAAAACUGCCUAGGGGGACGCUAACCAAAAAUGAAAACCACCUUUCGCUCUCUUACACAAACACACAUGCAGAUACACACAUGACACAGCGCAGUCAGACUGCAGAAUGCCACUAGAGAGGAGGUGGCGGCCUGCAGACAGAGUUGAGUGCCUUUUCCCUUCAACCACGGGUGGGACUGCACUGGACACGCACACAGACAGCCAUGAGGGCGCACGCAUGCGCCCCAUUACAAACACACACACACACACACACCCGCAUGCAGACAAUGGACCCGUAAUUGGAUGGACAGAGAGAAGGGGGGGGGCAGCUGAGAGGGACACGGCGUGGGGGCUGUGUCAGCAUUUUCUCCAUUAUUGACUUUCCAUCUUGAUACACUAGAAUACAAGCACUUUAUCACGUAGAAAGUCUAUAAAACAUUUUCUAUACACUAUUUAUUUGAAACAAAAUUAUACGUUAGUCUGUCAGAGUCUCUGUUACUUGAUCUCUAGUAGCCUUUGUUUCGUUCUUCUCCAGCCCAGAUUGGUUUCGGGACACCGGGGCGCUUUUCCUCUCUCCCAUCAGAGAUAUUUUUGUGAAACAGAGAAGGAGGGAGGUAAAGGGUCCGGGGGCCGUACGCACCCAGGGCUCAUUGGUUUCUUAGCUUUCCCUCUCUCCACUGCGUGCGAGCACAGAGGCUGCACUGGAAGACUCACUGACAGUUUACAGACACAGUCUCUCUCUCUCCUCCCACCGCCUCCUCUGUCCAGUCCUCUCUCUCUCCCCCUGGCUAGUGCCAAGACUCGGUAGGCGUGUGUUGACAAUUAAUUCUGAAAUACCUCAAAAUCUUUCAUGUAAACUUUAUGUAAUUUAAACUGAAAAUAAUACUGCUAAUGAUAACGAUUAUGAAACUAUGAUAAUAUGAUAGUUAGUUUUGGAACUUGUGACUUGAAGCUUUAUACUGUUAAAAUUCAUUUGAAUCGUUUGCUCCGUUUCUUUCUCGUACGUUUCUCUCGUUUGUUUUGCUACGGCAUGUAACUUAACUGUUUUCAUAAAAGGAAAAGACAUUGUGAAUGUUUCUGUGGAGGGUAACACGAGAAAAGACGAGACAAAAGUCAGGGCCGGACGAGAGAAAGAGGGUGACGUGGUUAGUUCAAAGCCCUCUCCAAGGCGGGUACGUUAAAAAGUGAAGAAAACACAAUUUAGGCUGAUUAAACCAAAAAAAUAUGAACCAAAGGAGGAAAAUACGUUUUAUUCAUUGUUAGCUUUCUUCUGCCUAUAAGUUGUCUUUUCUCUUAAAAAAAAAAAAAAAGAAAAAAAAAUACUAAAACAAAUUCAGUUACUUUUGAAGGUUCCUGGGUGUGUUCAAGUGCUCCUGAUGUUCUUAGAAUAUUACAACCAGCACCUUCCGGUGAAGGACGGUGCAUUUUGUUUUUCUUUUGUGCAUGGAUAUUGUAUAACUGUAUAGAAACCAACAGGAAUGACCUGUGACUUUGUGGGGAGAGGAGAAGAAGAAGGAAAGAUCUGGGCGUGGGUGGACGAGGGGGUAUUUUGGUUAUUUCCAAAACGAAAAAAAAAAGGGAGAAAUUGGAGAAAUUAGGAAUUGAAUGGGUCUUUGUUUUUAGAACUUCUGUCACUGUUGGAUUCACUGGUUGUGUGCAUGUGUUGUUGCAACCCUCUCCCUCCCCAAUGUUUCUUUGAUGUAUAUAAAUCCAGACAGUAGGGGGCAGUGUGUGCUGGGGGAGGUCAAACUCCUCUCCUCCCAAUCAAUAGCAUUCAAUCUUCAUUCCUCAGCUUGCGGUCCUUGUUCGGGUCCUGAGAUGUGUGUCCUGCUUUUCCAAAGACGGGUUGUUUACUUGGAGUUAAUCAGAGGGACACACGCGGACCCGGGCGGCCUUGACCACACCCGCGUCUGUCGACACGCUUCUCUUCAAUCUGUGUGUGUGUGUGUGUUGAUCUGUGGACGACAAAAGUGUUUCUCUCUUAUGUUCCUUUUGACUCUGGGUUGCAAUAUUUGUCAUGCGUAAAAAAAAAAACCAAAACAGAAUUGGAACCAUUUCUUACUGACUGACCGGCCAACUGGUCACAGGACCAUCCGGCAACUGGUCAUCCAACAUGAAAUGUCGUCAGCAGUGACUGUCAAACAGCAUUUGUGUGUGAGCCAUUUCUCAUGUGGGAUGGAAGGUUGCUGAUGGGACCGACGUAGACACCCCCAGUCACACUGUGCUCUCCCUCUUCUAUUACCUGUUAAUCAAUCAGAACCAAGUGUCUUUGUGAUGGUAGAAGACAAUCAGUUUCAAAACAAGAAAAAAGGUAGAGAGAGGGCAGGCCAGUGGGGAGGACGAGGAGGGAGGGUGGAAGAGUCACACCACGGGAAGAGAGGCUUUGCCGAGCUGUGACGUGCUCCAGUGCUGCAGACUGCUCCACCCGCCAUCAUCCACACACACACCGACACACACACACACCGACACACACACCUUUCAUUUCAUCACUCCUCCGUCGGUCGCCUCUGCCCACACGCCCCCCACACUGCCACAGUGACGUUAACUGCAGGAGUGCACGUCACUCGCUGUGGUGCAAAGACCAUAAGUCAACCAUCAUGAUGUCCUGCUUAUCAAAUGAUGAUGUAACCAACCGCGAGGAAUGAAAAAAAAUGGCUCCGGUUGGUGGCUUUUGCACACAGAACUAUGCAAGCACCUGACUCUCCCAAUCUUAAUCGUUGCUGCUGGGUCAGAGUGUAUAACCCUCAAUCCCCACCCAACAACAUUUCAACAUUUCUAUCAUCCCUCCCCCCUGCUCCAUCCAGCUUCAUAGGCCCGGAUCAGGCAGAGCACCCUGGUCACUCUGGGUACAGUAGAGAGUGACUUGGGACAGAGAAGCACUACACGUCACCCUUGACUAGACUGUUGAUGUCCUACCGACUGACACAAAUGCCCCAAACUGCCAUUUCCAUCCAAAGGAGUCCAUGGAAAAGCCGAUCCUCCCGCCUCAUGGCUCCAUUCCUCUACAAUGUUAGAGCGUCUUUGUCCCCAGCGCCAAGGAAGGGCCACAAUCAAUGCAAAGACGCCUACGUUGUACACUGAAGUUUACAGAGUUGUCUGGAGGUGGUGGCUUAUAUUGCACUCAGACAGACACGGACAGACACAGGCACAUGCUGGAGAGGCGGAGUCUGCCUUUUGAGAGCGUUUUCUAAAACCAAAGAUGAAAUCAGAGGUAUGACAAUCUGGCUACCAAACCUAGAAGACAAUGAACACCUUCUUCGGCUGCUCUACGGGUCCUGCGACGCAUCCAGCGUGUGGACAUUCUACCUUGUGCACUUAGAACACACACUGAGUGUGCUAGUGUGCACACCACGCGCACAACAGACACACACGGAGACAAACUCACUCACACACACACACGACAUCGACGCUGCUCGGAAAGCCUCUCCUCCCCUCUUCCCACUGCAGAAGCCGGAGAGCCUGUGGAGGACUUUUAGUUUCACGUGUUGAGACUUUUGAGAAGGAAAAAAAUCUGAGUAAUAACUGUUACAGAAAAAUAAAAAACUUAAAAGGAUAAUAUGGGUAAAAUUGCGUGUUUUGAAAUAAAUUAACAAAUAAAACACUUGUAAAACAAAG